AUGCUCAUCCCCAGUGGUGCCGCCACGACUGGUUGCGCUGCUGUUGCCCUGGCCGCCACCUCCCCUGCCCCCACCUCCCCCUUUGCCGUUGUUCUUAGCCUGCUUGCGGGGCUGGGUAGCAUUGAGGGAGGAGGAGGAGGGUUGGGAGGAGGCGAGAUCGGCCAUGGGAUUGGCUUUAGUAAAGGCAUGAAGGCGGGAUUCAUAGUCUGGGGUGAGGUUAAACAGGAGGCGAUGGAUUUGGAGGGGUUCGGAGAGGCCAGCCUGGCGGGCUUCGAGGCGUGGUCACAUAGAGGCGGCGUCGAGGCCGCGGAGGGGAGGGUGCGGGCGGCGGCGGCUGGUGAGGCCGCGGCGGCGUUGGCGCGGAGGCGGCGUCGAGGCCGCAGAGUAGCGCGGGCGGCGGCUGGCGAGGCCACGGCGAGGCGCGGAGGCGGCGUCGGGGCCGCGGAAGGGAAGGGCGCGGGCGGCGGCGGCUGGCGAGGCCGCGGCGGCGCUGGUGCGGAGGCGGCGUCGAGGCCGCGGAGAGGCGCGGGCGGCGGCUGGCGGGGCCGCGGCGCUGGCGCGGAAGCGGCGUCGGGGCCGCGGAGGGGAGUGGCGCAAGCAGCGGCGGCUGGCGAGGCCGCGGCGAGGGCGAGCGCGGAGGCGGCGUCGAGGCCGCGGAGAAGCGCGGGCGGCGGCUGGCGAGGCCGCGGCGAGGCGCGGAGGCGGCGUCGGGGCCGCGGAAGGGAAGGGCGCGGGCGGCGGCGGCUGGCCAGGCUGCGGCGGCGCUGGCGCGGAGGCGGCGUCGAGGCCGCGGAGAGGCGCGGGCGGCGGCUGGCGGGGCCGCGGCGCUGGCGCGGAAGCGGUGUCGGGGCCGCGGAGGGGAGUGGCGCAAGCAGCGGCGUCUGGCGAGGCCGCGGCGAGGGCGAGCGCGGAGGCGGCGUCGAGGCCGCGGAGAGGCGCUGGCGGCGGCGGCUGGCGAGGCCGCGGCGGCGCUGGCGCAGAGGCGGCGUCGAUGCCGCUGGAAGGGAAGGCGCGGGCGGCGGCUGGCGGGGCCGCGGCGGCUGGCGCGGAGGCGGCGUCGAGGCCGGGGAGAGGCGCUGGCAGCGGCGGCUGGUGAGACCGCGGCAAGGCGAGCGCGGAAGCGACGGCGGGGCCGCGGAAGGGAGUGGCGCGGGCCGUGGCGGCUUGAGAGGCCGCGGGGCUGCGAGGGAAAGAGCGCUUGAAGAGAGGGGAAGGGCGGCGAGGUAG